AUCGGGUUUUGCAGGGUGGGUUAGGCAAGUGAUGAAUGUAAAAUCGCGUUGAGUAAUGAGUUUCUUGCAGGGAAUCAUUGAUUCCUUCAAUUCCAUCUUCACCCCCCACAAUUCUUCUUCUUCUGAAACCGAUCGAAUGGAAGCGUCUCCUACUCCUACUCCUACUCCUCCUCCUUCUUCUUCUUCUGUUUCGAACGAACGCGUCGCUUACAAGCUCCAAGGCUACUUUGAUUUGGCGACGCAAGAGAUCGCGAAGGGCGUUAGGGCAGAAGAAUGGGGUUUGAUCGACGACGCUCUUCUUCACUAUAAGAACGCUCACACCAUUCUCCUUGAAGCUAAUUCUACUCCUGUUCCUUCCUUUAUCACUUCCAGUGAACAACAGAAGGUGAAAUCAUAUCGUCAAAAGAUAUCAAAAUGGCAGGGUCAAAUUUCUGAGAGAUUACAGACUCUCAGUAGACGUGCAGGUAGCUCAUCUGCUAAUCAGAGCACCUCCAACCUUGCGCAGACUGCUGCAGUUCCAAUUAAGCUAUCAAAUACUAGAAAAAAUGUGUUACAAAAACACCCUCAAAGUACAGGUCAGGUGAAUAAAGUUGCAAGCCCGAAAUCUAAUCAAGCAUCUGGUGUAAAUAAUGACACCAAACUGGUUGAAAUGAUCAACACAGCCAUAGUAGAUAGAAGUCCUUCUGUUAGAUGGGAAGAUGUUGCUGGGCUUGAGAAGGCAAAGCAAGCUUUAAUGGAGAUGGUUAUUUUGCCAACUAAGAGAAGAGACUUGUUCACUGGUCUUCGAAAACCUGCUAGAGGUUUGCUUCUCUUUGGUCCACCUGGUAAUGGAAAGACAAUGCUUGCCAAAGCAGUAGCUUCAGAAUCAGAAGCAACAUUUUUUAACGUAUCAGCGGCUUCCUUGACGUCAAAAUGGGUGGGUGAAGGUGAAAAGCUAGUUCGGACACUAUUCAUGGUAGCUAUAUCCCGACAGCCAUCUGUAAUUUUCAUUGAUGAGAUUGAUAGUAUAAUGUCAACAAGGUUGGCAAAUGAGAAUGAUGCCAGUAGACGAUUAAAAUCUGAAUUUCUUAUCCAGUUUGAUGGGGUGACCUCCAAUCCCGAUGAUAUUGUGAUUGUAAUUGGUGCAACAAAUAAGCCACAAGAAUUGGAUGAUGCAGUUCUUAGGAGACUGGUAAAGAGAAUAUAUGUACCUUUACCAGAUGAAAAUGUUCGGAAACUUCUGCUAAAACACAAACUCAAGGGUCAAGCAUUCUCCUUACCUAAUAGAGAUCUAGAGAGGCUUGUAAAAGAGACAGAAGGAUAUUCUGGUAGUGAUCUGCAAGCCUUGUGUGAAGAAGCUGCAAUGAUGCCAAUUAGAGAGUUGGGUGCUGACAUUCUUACUGUUAAGGCUAAUCAGGUGAGAGGACUGAGGUAUGAGGAUUUUAAGAAGGCAAUGACUGUGAUCAGACCAAGCUUAAACAAAAGUAAAUGGGAAGAGCUUGAGCGCUGGAAUGAGGAGUUUGGUUCUAAUUGAAGUCGCAUUCAACACAUGCUCGGAUGCAUGCAUAUGCACGAAAUCCAAAGAAAAUAAACUGUCCAUAACAGAAAAUAGACAAGACAAAGGCUUCAAGGUCAGUGACUAAAAUAAUGAAUCAGGGUGUUGCUUAUUUUGUAAAUGGGUAUCUUGAAACCCUUAUCCAGCCUGUUGCCUUGAAGCCUUUAUUUUAAUUUUGAUUCUUUGUAUUUCUUUCUAAGAUUACUAUAUCUAAUCGCCUUAGGGGUGAUUGUAACCCCCGGCCCCUCUGUUUUCUCUCAUCUGUAGAGAAAAGUAGUAGAUUUGGGGGGAAGAAAAAGUGGGAUGAUAAAAAAUUGAUAAAUUGUACCAGAAAUGAAGGGAGAAAAAUAUUGAAAUGAAAAGGAUUUUUUUCUUUCUUUU